UUUUAAUUAAUAAAUGAUUCCUAAAUUUAGGGGACUUAUGGAUAAUUAUCCCACGAAUUGGUGACUGAAACAUAAAACACGCUAAAGGUCCAGGGAUGUUCUUGUGAUUUUCUCCAAAAUAACAAAAUAAAAUAUAUUCCUCCCUUAAUUUUUAAUCUGCCCGAUACUCAACCCUGACAUUCCAUCUCCCUCUUCUCUUCACUCGCUGCGACAUACCCUCCACCAACGAACCGAAGCCCUCGACUCUAGGCCACUGGAUAUGGGUGGCCAUUUCUAUUCCGACCGACUAACUCAUAAGAUGUAAGGAACGCAAAGAAAACAAAUCUUAAUCAUCAACAAGACCCACUAUAAUUCCUCUCCUCGACCGAGAACCAAGCGAUGGAAUGACCACCAUACGCGGUAGCCCUCCGACCCCAAAUCAAUACCCACUAUGGUUCCCUCUCUCCGACGACCUCAUUACCUCGACGAACACCACAACAAGCUCAAUCUCUCAUGUCCUUUGAUUCGAGCUUGUGAAACAUUGGGUUACACCAAGCCUACCCCUAUUCAGGCUGCAUGUAUACCAUUAGCCUUGACUGGAAGCGAUAUAUGUGGGAGUGCAGUUACUGGUUCUGGGAAGGGUUCACAGGAUGAUAGAGAAACAUGCUCAGUAUACUGAUAUUCAAUGUUGUCUGAUUGUUGGUGGGCUUUCAUUAAAGGUUUGACCUAUUGAUUUACUUACUUAGGGGCUGUUUGUUUACUUCAGAAU